AUGCAUCCGGCAACGAUUCUGCUACUUGCUAUUCCUGCCCUAGCCCAGCCCAACGACUCUGGCUCCAAGUUCAAACGAGACUGCAUCGGACCCGACGUCAAUGACGAAACCAUCGCCCUGAUCAAGCACUUCGAAGGGUUCGUUCCUCGUCCUGCUCCGGACCCAAUCGGCCUUCCAACAGUCGGGUACGGCCAUCUCUGCCGCACAAACGGGUGCUCUGAAGUCCCCUUUUCGUUUCCCCUAACCGAAGAGACGGCUACCGAACUACUCAUGCAGGAUGUCAAGAGCCCCCAACAGUCAAUCACCCUGUCUACUACAGAUCAGGUAGUUCUCAACGCCAACCAGUACGGUGCUCUGGUGUCAUGGGCCUACAAUGUCGGUGGGGACGCAGCGAAGAAGUCUUCCCUCAUCAGCCGGCUCAACCAGGGGCAGGAUGUUGAUGUGGUGAUCAGAGAGGAGCUGCCGCUGUGGAACAAGGCGGGUGGACAUGUUCUGCCUGGCCUGGUGAGGCGUAGGGCUGCGGAGGUUGAGCUAGCUUCGGAGAAUACCGACCAGCCUGCCUUGCCUGUGGACUGUUAG